AAUCGGCAGCACGAGAAAUGACAGUUUGAGCCCCUUACGGGCCCUGUCAUGUAAGGUCCACCCCGAGGGAGGCCAAGUACUCAGAGAAGUAGCCAUCAUGGCGGAGUCUUCAGAAGGGUCCACCGAUUUGGCCUCGCUGUUGAGGACAAACAAAGUAGAGGCACUUCAGGCUACUGUCUUUUGUGGGCCUGUAAAAUUUCUUGUGUGGACACGGCUGCCUGAGGACAAUUCUUCUUGGAUUUUAAAUGCCUCUGAUGGAGUUGAUGUCUGGCAUUUGCAACUGGAUCAGGAACAGCUGGAUUCCCAUAAAGAACUGGCAGAAGUUGACAAAUAUGAAGUUUAUUUUGCAAGAUUCAGAUCAGAGUUUGAAAGUGGCUCCAUUUCUCUGGCACUGUUAGCAAACAAAAUAACAGUAACAGUUGGAAUAGGAAUUUCACCUCUGUGUUAUGACCUCUAUGAGGCAAAAGCAAGUGAGAAGAAAACUGAACUGCAGACAAUCCUGUUCCGAUUAGCUGACAGAGUCUCUGAGCUCACCGAGCAACUGAAAGGUAAGUCAAUUAUUAUUAUUACUAUUAAGCCUGAUGUGUGCAGUGUCCUUGAAGAUUGUUCUGGAACUGUCUUUAAAAAAGCCACUGAACCCUCCUCAUUUCAGGGCCUUUCUGUUCAUUGUUUUUGUUGUUAUAAGGAUUCAAGUUAA